CGGUCGAGACUAUUCCAUCUUCCUGAGAAAAAGACAACUUUAAACCCAAUACCUGCUUCCUGGAGAAAUGCGAGCAGUUGCGAGCCAUUCGUUGAUCUCUAGAUUUCGGCCAUCCCUCACCUUUCAUCUCCUUCUUAGAACGAUUUCCGCACCUUCAACUUCUCAUCACCACACUACAGCGCCGACCCUCUCAGAACCCUCUAAAGACCUGCAAAACCCUAACCCUCGGACUCUAACCCCGUCAGAAAAGCAAUUCGAUUCAUGGAUAAACCAACUCCGUCCUGGGUUUACUCCGUCGGACGUCGAUCUAGCCUUGCAGGCCCAAUCCGACCCGGACCUGGCGCUCGACAUUUUCCGCUGGACAGGCCAGCAGCGAACCUACAAGCAUAACCACUUGACUUAUCUCCGCAUCAUCCAAAUCACCAUCCAUGGCAAGCGUUAUGGGGUUGCAGAAACCCUAAUGGAGGAGGUCAUUGCGGGGGCUUGCGCGCCCAGCCUCCCUUUGUACAAUUGCAUGAUUAAAUUCUGCUGCGGCCGUAAAUCCUUGUUCAAUCAAGCAUUUGAUAUCUACAAGAAAAUGUUGAAAUGUGAAGAUGCUAAGCCUUCUCUGGAAACUUACACGCUAUUACUGAAUACGCUUCUCCCUAAAUUUAAUAGGUUAACGGUUUCCUAUGUGUAUUUACAUUCUGUGAGAUCAUUAGCUACUCAAAUGAAGGCCUGUGGUGUGAUUCCUGAUACUUAUGUUAUGAAUAUGAUUAUAAAGGCUUAUUCAAAAUGUCUCGAGGUUGAUGAGGCAAUUCGGGUAUUUCGUGAAAUGGGAUUGUAUGGAUGUGAACCGAAUUUAUACACAUACAGUUAUUUAGCCAAAGCAUUUUGUGAGAAGGGGAAAGUGGAUGUAGGACUCAGGUUCUAUAAGGACAUGAGGGAUAAAGAUUUCAUUCCUACGGGGAGUACUUAUAUGAUUCUAAUAUGUAGUUUAGCAUUGGAGAAGAGGUUUGAGGAUGCUAUUGAUGUGGCCUUUGAUAUGCUGAAUAAUUCGAUGUCUCCCGAUUUACUGACUUAUAAAACUGUGUUGGAAGAGAUGUGUAGGGAUGGGAAAGGGGAUGAUGCAUUUGAACUUCUUGAAGAAUUUAAAAAGAGGGAUAGUUUCAUGAACGAGAAAACCCACAGGCCUUUGUUGAGCGUGUUGCAUUUUUUAGGUGGACAGUGAUGGGCUGCUGUCCUCUUGAAGCUCUGUAGAGCUUCAAAGCUAUACCCGUUUCUUGACAGUUUUUCUUGUCCCCCAUUGACUAUGUUCUCUCUUUUGGCCUAAUUUGGAUAAUAGACUGGCUCACUGGCGUGGUACAAAUACUAGCAUUUCAUUGUGCAUCAUAGCAAUUAUCAUCAUUAUAUUUCUCUCAUAUGCAAUUCAGAGUACCAUAUUUUCAUAUGUGCAGCUUCAGGAGUGCCAAGUGCAAGAAUUUUCUUUCUUUCCUAGACAUAUUUUAUGUGCUGUUCUUGGAUUACUCUAUAGGAUGAGAUCAUAAUUUCCAUGGGAAGGGCAUGCGUGGAAAGGGACAGUGGAACAAUAGAGGUGUAUUUUCAGGGAGAGUUGGAAUUUUACUGAAACAAUAGAAAACGGAAGGAAUGAAGCGGGUCAGAAAAGAUGUGAAUAUGGCACAAAAGUUGGAUAAAGAAUAAACAAUUGCUUUUAAACAUAAACUCAACAUGGUUGCUUAUAACGGGUGAUAUCAAGGUCUUGAGUCAUACUCCUCUCCAUUUCCUUCUCUCCAUUUCACUCUAUCUCUCUCUUUAAAAAUAAUAAAUAAAUCCCAUCGUUUAUUUUUCCUUACCCCACCAUUUCCCUUAUUCUCUUUGUAUCUCUCCUACCUUAAAAGUCCAGUUACCGGAGAGGAGCAAAAUUCAGGUAGAAGAGGAGUUCCCUACUUUCGGCUUUGAAAAAGAUCACUGGCCACCAAUUAGUGUGACCUGCUUUGGAGAUGGAGCCUACUAGCCUAGAAGUGGUGCUAUGUGCUAAGAACUCUGUUCCAUUGAGUGGAACCGUAAGCAAAGCAUGUCCUGGCUCCCUUGAUUCCUUGAAUUGGUCAAGGUUUGGUUUUGAAGAACAUUUUGUUAACUUGUAACAAUUUGCUGCCUAGCUGGUAAUAGAAGGCUGUCUUCUCUUCAAGAGAGUACCUUGAGUGAGCUUGUGUUUGAUUUUCCGGCAAUCUUUGUUUUGGCCCAGUGAAGGUGGUGUUCGAUGCCAUUGGUAGAAAGUAGAGACUUUCCUCCCAAGUUUGUACUUGUGUCCCUAUUUGCCAUUAUCAUACGGAGUAUCUUUUUAUUGCUUGUCAUGGUUGUGAUUAUUAUCAAUAUCAUUAUUAGUGAUAGGAUAUUGAGGUCUGGCCCAAUAUGGCGGCCCAAAAUAUCCCUAAAAGCCCAGGCACUAGGGAAAGCCCAGAGGUCAUAGAUCUUGAACGGGAGUUCGGCACAUUCUCAAGGCCCAAAAUACAAAGGAUAGUCCAGAAGAGAUCAUUGGGCUCGAACGAUUUGCUUAAGGGCAAGGCCCGUUCGGCACCACCCGAACGGGAUGUGACCGACUGCAGUUAAUGCUAGAUCAUGGGGGUCUCAAGUGGCAUGGAAAGCAACCAAUCGUAUUAGGGCACUCCAUGUCUCCAUUUAGUAUAAAUAGCAGUUUUUAAAUCAUUGUAAGGGUUGGAUUUUAUUAACUCAAACUUAUAUUGCAUUCUAGCUCUCGUAUUAGCCUUUGAACCAUAAUUACCGCUCGGUCAUUUUUGUGUAAUUGUUAUUACUGUGUUAAUACAAGCUGAGUUGUUU